AUGCCUCGUAGCCCAACAUCAAGCGAAGAUGAAAUGGCACAAAGCUUUUCCGACUAUUCUGUUGAAUCUGAAUCAGACAGCUCCAAAGAAGAAACUAUUUAUGACACAAUUAGAGCAACUGCAGAAAAGCCAAGCAGCAGAAUGGAAGACAGUCAGAGCAACACAUUAGUGAUUCGAAUCAUAAUACCUGAUCUGCAGCAAACGAAAUGCAUUAGAUUUAACCCAGAAGCUUCAGUGUGGGUUGCAAAGCAGCGAAUUUUGUGCACUUUGAAUCAGAGUUUGAAAGAUGUCCUGAAUUAUGGACUGUUCCAGCCUGCAAGCAAUGGUAGAGAUGGGAAGUUUUUGGAUGAGGAACGACUUCUUAGGGAAUACCCACAGCCAGUGAAUAAAGGAGUUCCUUCACUUGAGUUUCGAUACAAGAAAAGAGUGUACAAACAGUUCAAUCUCGAUGAAAAACAGCUAGCCAAGCUUCAUACAAAGGCUAAUUUGAGAAAAUUUAUGGAUCAUGUUCACCAUCUUGCAGUGGAAAAAAUCACAAAGAUGUUGGACCGAGGACUGGACCCAAACUAUCAUGACCUAGAAAGUGGAGAAACACCCCUAACUUUGGCAGUUCAGCUGGACAAUACAGUAGAAGUGAUAAAAGCUCUGAAAAAUGGAGGAGCACAUUUAGAUUUCAGAGCCAAAGAUGGAAUGACAGCUGUGCACAAAGCAGCCAGAGCCAAGAACCAAGUAACCCUCAAGACCCUUUUAGAGCUUGGAGCAUCUCCUAACUACAAAGACAGCUGUGGCCUGACACCACUGUACCACACUGCUGUUGUGGGAGGGGAUCCCUACUGCUGUGAACUGCUUCUUCACGAGCACGCUACAGUCAGUUGCAAAGAUGAAAAUGGAUGGCAAGAAAUUCAUCAGGCUUGCCGAUACGGACACGUCCAACAUCUGGAGCAUCUUCUCUUCUACGGCGCCGAUAUGUGUGCGCAGAACGCCUCGGGAAACACAGCGCUGCACAUCUGUGCCCUGUACAACCAGGAGAGCUGUGCAAGAGUGCUGCUGUUCCGGGGAGCCAACAAGGAGAUUAAGAACUACAACAGCCAGUCACCAUUUCAGGUGGCUAUAAUAGCGGGAAAUUUUGAGCUUGCUGAAUAUAUCAAGAAUCACAGGGAAGCUGAUAUUGGUUCCUGCUUCCCAUAUCCAAGUAGAAGUCCCCGGAAUCUGUUGCUGGCAGUGCCCUUUAGAGAGGCUCCCACCUAUUCGAACAGAAGGCGGAGACCUCCAAGCACCUUAGCAGCACCUCGGAUCUUGCUUCGUUCCAACAGCGACAACAAUCUGAACAUCAACAACCUCCCUGAGUGGUCAGCUUCUUCCUCUGCUUCUUCACACCGCAGCCUUUCACCUCAUCUACUUCAACAGAUGCAGAAUAAUCCUAAUGGAACUGUAAAAACUGUGGGGAGUUACGCUUCGUCCUCCCGGAGCCGGUCACCAUCCCUAAACAGGCUGGGAGAGGAUGUCAAACGGCAGCAGCACAGGCACAUCAGUGCCGUUUACAGUCCUGGUGCCAACAAGGAUACUUUGUCUGCCUUGGAUUAUCAGGGUCCAAAACGCAAGCUUUACAGUGCUGUACCUGGAAGACUUUUUAUUGUCGUAAAGCCAUAUCAACCUCAAGGAGAAGGGGAAAUUCAUCUGCACAAAGGAGAUAGAGUCAAAGUUUUAAGCAUUGGUGAAGGUGGAUUCUGGGAAGGCAGCACCCGGGGACAUAUUGGAUGGUUUCCUGCAGAAUGCGUUGAAGAAGUUCAGUGUAAACCAAAUGAAAGCAAACCAGAAACACGAACAGAUAGAACAAAGAAACUGUUUAGACACUACACAGUUGGAUCUUAUGACAGCUUUGAUGCUUCAAGUGACUGCAUAAUAGAAGAAAAGGCAGUGGUCCUGCAGAAAAAAGACAAUGAAGGAUUUGGAUUUGUGCUCAGAGGGGCAAAAGCUGACACACCAAUUGAAGAAUUCACCCCAACUCCAGCCUUUCCUGCUUUGCAGUACUUGGAAUCUGUGGAUGAAGGGGGAGUAGCAUGGCAAGCUGGCCUGAGAACUGGAGACUUUUUGAUCGAG